GUUUCACUGUCGAAAUUUCGUAGUGCAAAGUGAUUAUCCAUUAAAAAUGUUUGAAAUUAUUGAAUCCAUGCUCAUGAAAGCUACAGAAACAAAAUAUUACAAUCGGUGAUACUUGUUUUAUCCGUCACAAGAUGGAUUUAAGGAAAACCUGUUGGAAUCUACGAAAUUAUUGCGUGUUUUCCAAGUGAUUCUUGUAAAUAUAACUGAUAGUGUAAACAAGAUGCAAAAAACGUUGACAGUUACUAAACCAAUGUUAAAUAACAGUUCCAAAUUAAAUGAAAAGACAAUCUUUGAGUAUAGUUUUCAAAAUUGGAGUGAUUAUGAAGAAAAAUGGCUGUGAUUCGUAAAAAUGUGAAAAUAUUACCAGAAUUAUAUUCGGAUAAGUUGCAGAAAGGACUAGUGUUGAAUUAUGCGGCGUUUACGUAUGGAACUUAUGUAAAUCUUGAGAAAAAUAAAGGGCUUGAACUUCAAGUUCUAUUGGAGUACUGCGUAAAAUAUCAAUUUGUAUGUAAUUUAACUGUGAGUAAAGAUAAAUGGGGGGAAGUUUUUGGUAACGCGUCGGAUCGAGGUCCUUUAAAGUGGGUUUCAGUUGGUGAUGUUGAUCUUACUUUAGGUGGUUUUUAUAUGCAAGGACGAAAAUUAGAAUACGUCGACUUUGUGGGCCCUACAGUCCGCUUAGGAAUAACUUGCUUAGUCCCAAAACCAAGUGUUGCAAUUAAUAUGAAAAUCGUCCUGCAGUCUUUUUCUUUAGCAGUUUGGUUGAUUAUAAUCGCCACAAUGAUAAUAUUUUCAUUGCUUACUAAAUGCGUCGUUACAUUGCAUCAUCAAAGUGUGGAGAUAUCAUACUGUGUGUUUUUAAUCCUAGCAAUUACUCUCCAACAAAGUAUCUUCUCUCAAACUUCAAAAAUACUAAAUUCAAGAGAACAAUUCGCAAAAUAUUAAUCAUCUUCAUAAUAUUCACGCUUGUGAUAGCAACGGCCUACACUAGUCAAUUAUACAGUGCUCUAAAAGAGACAAAAUACGAGAAUGUAGUUAAAACUGUCCAGGACCUCGAAGACAGUGGAUAUAAUUGGGGAGCACCACAUGUCACUUAUAUUGAAUCUUUGACAAGUACUCCUGGUUAUACUUAUUACAAGUUAUUAUCAAGAUUUAAAGCUGUCGAUGAUGAUCAAGCGCUAAUUCGACGCUUUUAUCAAGGGAAAUUUGGUUUAUUGACUGAGAAACUCGCAAGGGGGUAUAUUUUGAACCCAACGAUGCGUGCGGAGGAUCUGGUGAAGUUUACAGCAAUGUCAGAGGAUUUGUUUUGGGUGUAUACGGCUUUCAUGGUGCAGAAACACUCGGUAUUUAGGGAGACACUGCAGAUGCAUUUGUUAAAUGUUAUGGAGAGUGGAUUGUUACUAUAUUGGGAACACGAGAUGCUCCGUGAAGGAAACUACAAAGCUCAACUAGUACUGGAAUUCACUGAAACAAAAAUAACUCAACCGUUAACAAUGGCGCACAUCCAAGGAAUCUUAGCAUUGUGGUUGAUUGGAACAUC